UGUCCCUUAAACCUCCCAAAUUUUUCUCUCUCUUUCUCUCUAAACAAACACCAACCAUGCUUCUCUUUACCACCAAAAUCACACUCGUUUUUUGCGCACUAAGUUUGUUCAUCACCUUUCUCUUUCCACAACUCUCUCUCUCCUUUUCCAUCCAUGAUCUCCUCAUCUCAAAAGGUUUACCUGCUGGUCUCCUUCCAAAGGAAGUGAAAUCCUUCAAUCUCUCUGAAAAUGGCUACCUGGAGGUGUUUCUCGAUGGCCCUUGCUUGACCAAGUUCGAGAACAGGGUCUUCUUUGAAAGUGUAGUGAGGGCCAAUCUCACCUACCGGAGUCUCACUGGAGUUGUUGGAUUAUCCCAAGAGGAACUCUUCCUUUGGUUGCCAGUUAAAGAUAUCAUUGUCAACGACCCGAGAUCAGGGCUUAUAAUGUUCGACAUUGGCGUUGCUCAUAAACAAUUUUCUUUAUCUCUCUUUGAAGAACCACCUGAUUGCAAGUCCCAAGGAGAGAUGAAGAAGAAUGGCGUGAGGAAAGAGAAAGGAUUUGAGGCGUGGAGAUAGAAAGAGAUGGUUGGCUUGGCUUCCCUGUUUGAGCUUUGUCUUUUUGUUAAUUGAUCAAUCUCCAUAUAAUGUUAUCUAGAUUAUAAUGUUAUGUGGUGGUGGAAAUGUGGGACCUAGUUUUUUCUAAUCAUAGUUUUUUCCUUUUCUAUAUUAA